ACAUGCCCCCGCCACCGGCCAUGGGGGAGCCGCUGGGCUGCUGCGAGCGCGUCGCCAUCAACGUGGCCGGGCGCCGGUUCGAGACCCUGGGCCGGACCCUGCUGCGCUUCCCCAACACCCUCCUGGGGGACCCGCACCGGCGCCGCCGCUACUUCGACCCCCAGCGCCGCGAGUACUUCUUCGACCGCCACGUCGGGGCCUUCGGCGCCGUGCUCUAUUACUACCAAUCGGGGGGGCGGCUCCGGAGGCCCCCGGACGUGCCCUUGGAUGUAUUCAUGGAGGAGCUGCGGUUCUACCAGCUCGGCGAGGAGGCCGAGGGGCGGCUGCGCGAGGCCGAAGGCUUCCCGGUGGAGGCGGCCGAGGCGCUGCCGCGGGGCCGGCUCCAGCGCCGCGCCUGGCUCCUGUGCGAGCACCCCGAGAGCUCGGUGGGCGCCCGCGCCGUGGCGCUGCUCUCGGUGCUCAUCAUCCUCGUGUCCAUCGUGGUCUUCUGCCUCGAGACCCUGCCACAGUUCCGGCCUGGCACGGAGGGGGCGCUGCAGCCCCCUGCCACCCCCUUCCCCAACACCACCGCCUCCCCGUCCCCAUCCCCUCCCUCACGCAGCAGCCUCUCUGACCCCUUCUUCGUGGUGGAGACCAUCUGCAUCUGCUGGUUCAGCCUGGAGCUGCUGGUGCGCCUGGUGGCCAGCCCCAGCAAGGCGGCUUUCUUCCGCAACGCCAUGAACCUCAUCGACCUGGUGGCCAUCGCUCCCUACUUCGUGGCGCUGGGCACGGAGCUGGCGCGCCGCGGCGGGCUGGGCCAGCCGGCCAUGUCCUUGGCCAUCCUGCGGGUGAUCCGCCUGGUGCGGGUGUUCCGAGUCUUCAAGCUGUCGCGGCACUCGACGGGGCUGCAGAUCCUGGGCCAGACGCUGCGUGCCAGCAUGCGGGAGCUGGGGCUCCUCAUCUUCUUCCUCCUCAUCGGCGUCGUCCUCUUCUCCAGCGCCGUUUACUUCGCCGAGGCCGAGGACGCUGCCACCGCCUUCACGUCCAUCCCACAGGCGUUCUGGUGGGCCGUGGUCACCAUGACCACCGUGGGCUACGGGGACAUGGCGCCGGUGACGGUGGGCGGGAAGCUGGUGGGGUCCCUGUGCGCCAUCGCCGGCGUCCUCACCAUCUCCCUGCCCGUGCCCGUCAUCGUCUCCAACUUCAGCUACUUCUACCGGCGGGAGCUGCGCACCGAGGAGAGCGGCGAGUUCCAGGCAGCGCCGCCCUGCCCCCUCCACCCGCCCCCCCCCGACAGCCCCGGCGUGGGGGGGGGGAAGGGGGGCAACGGCGUGGGGGUGGGGGUGGGGGGGGAUAUGGACGGGGAGGCGCUGGGGGGGGGCACGCAGGGGUGGGUGGGGGGGAGGUUGGUGACGGAGGUGUGA